AUGAUGAAAAAGACCAGACCCAACUCCGUCUCGGCGUUGCCAUUACACCAGUUCAAGGACAAGCCCAUCUCUUCCUCAACCGCCCCCCUCUCCGCCACAGGCAGUCUCCCCGUCGGCCUAAACCUCCGCAAGGUCAUCCUCGGCGCCGGAGGAAUCCUCUUUGUCUACAUCUUGCUCACCACAUUCUUUGGACCCGGACCCGCGCAUGAUUCUAACACGGCACCGUCGGCCUUGAGGCCCGAGACCGAUCCUUAUGUCCAUGUCCCUAUCGACAACGUUACCCCUCACCGUUACGACAAUCAGGAUUCCAAGCCUCCGGCCGAGUACGGCGAUAACAAGGAUGACAGGAAUCCAUGGGGUUCUCCCUCGGAGGAGAAGAAGCCAGCACCAGUGGGAUCGGGAUCUGAAUCGGAUGACGAUACAGGAUUGAAGGGACCCCCAUCAGCGGAAGAGGAAGAGGAACAGCAGGUCACUCCCCCGCCAGCCACCAACAACAACAGCGGCGAGUCCGAGGAGGAAGGAGAUGAAGAAGAUGAUGAGCUGACCGAGGAAGAGGAGACUCUCCUCACGCUCGCUAUCAAGAACCGCCAAAACUCACCCGCCUCCUAUGUUGACCUCCUCUCGGCCAACCGUCGUGAGCGCGACUAUGCUAUCGCCCUGAUCGUCAAGGAGGCCGACCAGGCCCUCAAGAGCGAAAAGGUCUACUCUGUCGUUAACAAGAACCAGGUCGCACCCUCGGGCGAUAUCCACGACUACCUCUCCCUCUCAAAGUACUACUGGCCCAACCCUAACACCCCCAACCAUCUGCCUUACAUCCGCAAGGAUGGCCAUAUCAACCACGAGGAGAUUGAUUCCGUCGAGGAUUACAAGCUGUUGAGGACCAUGAUCCGUGAGGUCCACAUGAUGGGCAUGGCCUAUCAUUUCACCGGUGACAAGGCUUAUAUGAGAAAGUGUGUUGCUCGUUUGAACGAGUGGUUCUUUGAUGAGGAGACUUAUAUGAAGCCCAACAUCAACUAUGGAUCUCUCCAGAAGGGCCAGAAGUUGGGUGUCCGUACCGGUGUCCUUGACAUGUUCACCAUCUUCCGUGUGUUCGAUGCAUUGCACUACUUGAAGCAGGACGCUGAAUGGCCUCAGGACAUGAUCCCCAACCUCCAAAAAUGGUUCACCGAAUACGUUGAUUGGCUCGAGACCUCUUCUCUCGCAAUACUCGAACGCAAGGGCAACAACAACCACGGCACCUACUACGACGUCCAACUCAUCGGCAUCUACCUCUUCCUCGACCGCACCGACGAUGCCCGCGCCGUCGCCGAAUCCGCACUCACCAACAGAAUCGAUCGUCAGAUCACUGCCGAGGGCCGUCAACCCGAUGAGCUUGCCCGGAAGACCUCUUGGUACUACUCGGUUUUCAACCUCCAAGCUAUGAUGACCUUGGCCCGCUGGGGGGAUGAUCUGGGAGUCAACAUGUGGGACCAUGAGGGACCCAAGGGUCAGUCGAUCAAGAAGGCGAUUGACUUCUUGUUGCCAUACUCACUUACGGGUGGAAAGGACUGGCCUGUGGCUAACAUCGACAAGUUCCCCAUGGGCGAUUACUUGAAGUGUCUCCAGAUUGCCUGGAACAUUUACGGAGAUGAGAAGUACCUGGAGGCGAUCAAGUUCUUGCAGCCCAAGAUUCAGGAAUUAAUGGAUGCUGGUAGCUUGAAGCAGAUCUCGACGUAUAUGUGUGACAUGUCGACGCUUUUGGAGGCUGGUGUCCGUGGUGGUCAGGGAUUCAUUUGGCAUUGGUGCCUCACGUAA